AUGGAGGAAAAACCGCCCGAGGAGAAGGACCAAACUGAUGAUCGACGUAAGUUUUGGGUCGAUAAUUUACGAAAAAGCAUAUCUAUUAGAGUUAAAAAUGGCUGGAAAUUGUAGCAAAUUAAAUUUUUGAUUAAGCUUUAAAUUGAGUUUUUAAUUUAUAACUCAUCAUCAUAUAAAAAAUGGCAAUUUAAGCCAAAAAUCGGCCGAAAUCUCAAAAAUUUAUUGAAAAACAGGCUAAAAAUAUAUAAAAAGUGCCAUUUCUAACCUUAUAUUAGCUCUAAAAUUACUCAAAUUUUGUCAAAAGACACUUCAAACUACCUAAAAUACGAUAUUUUUUAAAUUUUAAAAAAAGUUUUUGAAUUUUAAAAUCCCGCCAAAAUCAAAGAAUUUUUAACAUUGUGUUGCAACUACUUUUUUUAGAUUAGAAAUGCAUUUUUUUAGUUGUAAAUAUUAUAAAAAUGGUGUUUUCAGUAUAAAAAAGGCUUAAAAUUGACUUGUAACACAAUGCCAAAAAUGGCGCCAAAAACGAAAUUUGAAUUUUUUUAAAAUUUUUUUAUUAAAUUUUUAUAGAUAUAACUAAAAAUGGGUUUAAAAAGCUUAUUAAAAUUUAAAUUGAGGGAGAAAAAGUAUGAUAUUGAGGUGAAAACAAUCAUUUGGUGAUUAUAUUAUAGUAGGUACUUGGUGUAUUAUAGUAGGUUCUUGCUAGGUUUUUAUUAAAAUAUUGACACAUAUUAUCGAAACUAGGUUUACCAAACCUAUUAAACUUGAAUUUGAAGUGGAAAAGCUAUGGUAUUGAGCAUAAAACAAUCAUUUAGUGUUUAUGUUAUUAUAGUUUCUUGCUAUAUUAUAGUAGGUUCCUGCUAAUAUGCUAGUAUUCGUACAUUUUCUAAUUAGUAUUGUAAUUAACAUUACUCAUAGCUAAUUCCGAGUAAUGUGAAGGAAUUGCAAUAUUGUCAGGCCAACUUCAUCUUGUUGUCGGCGGCCAGAGAAUAUUUAAUUUGGGUAAUAACUGACUUGUUUACUCUUUGACUAUUCGAAAUUAAACUGGGGAAACGCGUAAAUAUAAAACAAUGUCUGUUCAUGACGUGGGACAUUAUUUUGAUUAUGACAAAAUGAGUUGAUAGGUUGGUAAAAUACGAAACCAAUGAAAACAUUUAAAUAUUUAAAAAUUGAAUAGAACAGAAUACCAAGAUUUUUGGAAAGACCCGCGAAAAUGCAAAAUUUGAAAAGUUCAAAACCAUGAAGAAGCCAUUUUAUAUCUCAAAAAACUUGUUUUGCUUAUGUUUUUGAUAAUAAUUUAAUUUUAUCACACGAAACACCGGCUUGAAACACAAUGCCAAGAUUUUUGGAAAAGGCCGCCAAUUUAAAUAUUUAAAAACUAAAAAUGUUUAAAAUAGUAAUUUUAUACUUGAAAGAACUUUUUUUUUUAACUUGUCAUUUUCUAGUAAUUAUGGGGCUUAAAACAGCAGCCUGAAACACAUGCCAAGAAUUUUCCAAAAACCCGCCAAUUUAAAUAUUCAAAAUAUUAUUGAUAAAAGUGUUGCUUCUAAGCUAAAACGUCGUGUUUGAGACAUGUUUUGGUCAGAAAUUUAAUUUUAAUUAUUAAAUUAAUCUUGGAACACAAUUCCAAGAACGGAAAAAAGCCCGCGCUUUUAAAAAUUUAAAUCUCUUUAAAAUGAAAAGUGACAAAAAUAACCUUGUGAGAGAAAAAAACAAUAAAAAAUUUUGAAAAACGUCAUGACAGUUAGUGAAAAGUUUUAAAAAUGCUAAUGCUUCUAGGCUUAGGCUUCUAGGCUUAGGCUUCUAAGCUUAGGCUUCCAGGCUUAGGCUUCUAGGCUUAGGCUUCUAUGCUUAGGCUUCUAUGCGUAUGCUUCUAGGCUUAAGCUUCUAGGCUUAAACUUAUAUGCUUAAGCUAGUUCACAUAAACUGUGUAGGCCUAAAAGCCUAAAAACUUUGAAGAAUUUAAAAAUUUUGCCAUUAUAUAAGGAGCUUUCCAAACACUUAUUUUAAAUUAACUAAAAUCCCCACCUUUCCCCGUUUCAGCGCCAGGUACCCGAGUCAUGUUUCUCCUCAAAGAAACCAGUGACUCGCCCGCUUUAUUCACCGAAAUGGGAGAGUUGACCCGAGCUGGUGGUACCGAGGAGUGGAAAGAAACCGCUCGAUGGGUCAAGUUCGAAGAAGAUGUCGAGGAAGGUGGCAACAGAUGGUCCAAACCUCAUGUUGCUACUUUGUCUUUGCAUGCGCUGUUUCAGUUACGGUAGGUUGAAAAGAUCUUUAAAUUUGAGGGAGGAUUUUCAUUUUUCUUUGAUUUUUGAGUAAUGGGAGGGAUAAAAGAAAAAAAUUCAAAGAGGGGGGGGGGAGGAGGGCGAGGGGUAUAGUAGGUAUAUUUGCAUUUGUGAUCACCUUGACAUUAAAAAGGUUAUUUUUUAAAACAUUAGGAAAUGGGCGGGGUAAAUUUUUGGACGAAGGGCAAAGUGAGUAAAUUUGUAGUUUAAAGCACCGUAAAGGUAAAAAUAAAUUUUUAAAAAUUUUCGUUGUUGGGUAGGGUAAAUUUUUUUUUUAUUUGUGGGGGUGGAUUUUUUUUUAUUUUGGAAUUAGAUGUUAUUAUUUCAAUUUCUUUUCAAUUGUGACCAUUUAAACAUUUUUUAACGUUUCAGAUCAUGCUUAUUGAAUGGUGUUGUCAUGAUGGACUUAGAGGCCGAAAACUUUGUUCAACUCAUCGGUAAGGGAAUUUUUCAAAAUUUUUUUAUUUUUUGAAUGGUAGGGCUAAACUCAUGUUUCUCAUAGCUAGAACGACAUAUACUAGGCUAUUGUGAUGUUUUUGAAAGUAAGAUAACGUAAGGUAUAGUAGGGUAAGGUAGUGCAAAGUAGGGUAUGGUAGUGUAAGGUAGAACAGCCUACAGUACGGGUAGGGCAUUAUAGGGUAGGGCAUCAUAAGGUAAGGCUUGAUAGGGUAGGGUAAGGUCGGGUAGGCUAGGGUAGGGUAGGAUAGGAAGGACCAUCUUUUCCCAAAUUUUGUCCCAAAAUAGCCCAAAUUAUGAUAACUCAAGGCAUUUCUCAACAUUGCUUCCGGCCAGAAAUGACGCACUUUCGGCCUCAUUAUGUCCGCAAGCCCUGUUUACACUAAAAACCGUCGAAAAAUGUUUGGAAAAUUCGUGAAAAACGUUUCGAAGAUCGAAAAAGAGCCACAGGAUGUAUCUUUUUCACAAAAAAAGUCGUUUUUUAGGUAUUUGUUACCUAAAAGUCUAGCAUUUUCAGUGUUUUUCAUUAACAUCUGACUCUUUCAGUAUCUUUUUCUCACGUAUUUUCAUAAAAAAGUAUCUUUUUCUCACUUUUUUUCAAAAAAAGUGUCUUUUUCCGAAGCCCCACCCCUUUUAAUCCAAAGAACAGACCGGCUCGAGAGUGAUCUCUGGUUAAGGCCGAAAAGAGCCAAAAACCAUGCACAGAGAUCUCAAAUUCCAUAAAAAAGAAACAACACAUGCUUUCUUAAGGCUAUGCAAAAUUUCCAGGGUUUUCGAAACAAUUUUGUUCAGUAAUCUAUGAUAAACGGCUACCUAAUACAAUAUAAGGCAUAAUUAAUAUAAAAUGCCAGUUUUAAAGCAUAGCUCUUAAAUCAAUACACUGAACUAUGAAAAAAGACUUUGAAAUUGCCUACAGAUAAUAAAAAAUUUAAAAUUCGAUUUUAAAAUUUAAAAAAACGCCCGAAAAUUAAAAAAUUUUCAAAUUUCAGACAAAGUCUUGGACGAACUGAUAAAAUCCGGCCAAUUAGAAGAGUCCGAAAGAGAUGAUGUACGUCUUGUUCUCAACAGACGCCAUACUCAUCAGUACGAACAGGUAAACACGUUCUUUCAUUGGGAUCACAUUAAAUUUGGCAGCAAGAUAAAUUUACUAAAUAUUUAUUAGAAAAAACUAAAAAUUGCCAUUUUCUAUUUAACCAAACUUGAACCUAUGACAUUUUUUGUGCCAAAAAUUGAUUUUGUAACACUAUUAACAAAGAAAAUGUCAUUUUUUAGGUAUUUGACAAAUAAAAACAAUAAAAAACAUUUUUAAUAACCCUGCGACCCGCGCAAAUCCGGGCGCAACAGUACAAUAUCACUGAAAUUUUUUUUUCGAGCCGAACGCGGCCAAGUCCACCAUCAAAAAUGCGUUUUUCAACAAUAUUUCACUAAACCCGUAUUUUAGGCGGGUCGCACAACAAACGGAAAUGGAACUCAACCUUCCGGAUUCCUCAACGCCGUCCGCUCCAUCUCCGACAUUGGAAAGUCCUUCUCCCACGGCCGAAAUUUGCAUAAACAUGGCCAAGAGGACGAAUCGCCGCAGAAAGCCUCGAAUCAGCUGGAAUUGCCAAAAGUGGGAUCAGUGCCAAAGGAUAUCACACGGGAUGGAUCGCAAAGUGAUGUUAGUGUCAAAGGGAAUACCCAUUUUAUGAAAAAGCUGCCCGCCGGCGCCGAGGCUUCGAAUGUUUUGGUCGGUGAAGUCGACUUCUUGAGCCAUCACGUUACCGCCUUCAUUCGACUGAAAUCCGCUGCCAUUUUGGGCGAUUUGGUCGAAGUCCCAGUGCCAACCAGAUUCUUGUUCAUUUUGCUUGGCCCCACUGGCCAUUCGGCCCAGUUCAAGGAGAUUGGCCGCGCUAUCGCUACGUUAAUGUCCGACGAGGUUGGUUUUUGAUGUCUUUUUUGGUUUUUAGGUAUGAAAUUUGAAGUGUUUUCGUCAGAGAAUGAUGCAGAAUUUAAAUUCCUACAUUUUAAACCAUAGAGCUACGAAGUUUUUUUAAAUUAUGCACUGAAAACUCCAUUUCGCUAUGUUAUGGUAGCCCCAUCUAUUAAAACAUCUAAAAAUCCCUAUUUCUGACUUCCAAAGACACCUAAAACUAGUAUAAAUAAUCCAUAAUGUUGAUAAGCCAUCGUUCUAACAUCUCACAUAGUUUAGAUUUUCCAUGAUGUUGCUUAUAAAGCACGUCAACGUGACGAUCUUCUGGAUGGUGUCGAUGAAUUCCUGGACCAAGUUACUGUUCUACCACCUGGUGAAUGGGAUCCCACGAUUAGAAUCGAGCCUCCCAGCAAGAUUCCAUCUCAGGAAAAACGAAUGCAGGUAAAACAUUGUCAAUUUUAUAUUGUUCUUGGUUUUUAGGUAUACUUGAUGGUUUUGCGGAAAAUCGGGGGUUUUAUGUAUAGAUUUAUGGCUGUUUCUGAUGGCAAAAGAUAGGAUAGGUAAUAAGAAGUGUUUUACAAACAAAGACGGUGUGUUUCGAUUUAGUUUUGGCUGAGAAAACUAAGAGUUUAGAUAUUAUAGUAGACGAAAUUUGGAUUUUUGCUUAAAACGUCGAAGAACGGCCAAAAUUAUUUUUUUUUACAAUCUCCUAUAACUUACAAUAAAGAAUAUUAACUUACCUCCCUUUAGGUACCAAAAGACCUGAUAGAACAAGCUGCAGCGGCCGGUGCCGGCUCUCCGAAGAAGCCCAAGAAGGUUGAUCAUGAAGAAGAAGAUGGUCAUGCUAAUGACCCGGCUCUCCAACGAACUGGAAAGUUUUGUGGAGGUCUUCUGGCUGAUAUUAAGCGUAAAUUACCGUGGUACUUCAGUGAUUACAAGGAUGCUUUGAACUUGCAAUGUGUUGCCACGAUCUGCUUCAUGUACUUUGCUCUUUUGGCUCCAAUUGUGACAUUCGGAGGGUUAUUGGAGGAGGCUACUCAUCAAAGAAUGGUAAGGAGUUUAUAUUGAUGUUUUUUGAUGUUUAGGUCAAUUUAAAAAUGGCAUUUUGGGCUCGAAAAUGGUGAAAAAACGGGAAAAUGAGGCUUAUUUGGAUCUGCAGCCUGCGCGAGCCAAGUUAUACGAUGAAAGAUUUAUACAAAACGAUAAAAUUUGAAAGAGAUAUAAGAAAAUAGAUAAUAAAACACGAUUUCUAAUGCAUAUUCCAAUUUUUUUUAAAAAAAAUUAAUUUUCAAUCUUUAGGCCGCCAUGGAGAACAUCGCCUCAGCCGCCCUCUGUGGAAUCCUUUAUCACUUGUUUUCGGGUCAACCACUAACAAUCAUCGGCUCCACCGGUCCCGUCCUCGUAUUCGAAACCAUUGUCUAUGAUAUGUGUGUCACAUUGAACAUUCAAUACCUAUCGUUCCGCUUCUGGGUUCACGUUUGGACGGCCAUUAUAUUGAUCAUCAUGGUGGUGACGGACUUGUCCUCAUUGGUCAGCUAUAUCACCAGAUUCACGGAGGAAUCGUUUGCCACAUUGAUUGCUGUGAUCUUCAUCUAUGAAGCGUUGAUGAAGUUGAUCAAGAUCAGUGACAGUUUGGAUGUGAUCCCGGAUGCGAGGAGUGGAGCUUGUUAUUGUGUUGGAGGGUCGGCUAGUCUGGAGCAGGUGCAAGCGGCAGCUCACAAGUAUCAUAUGGAUAGUGCUGUCAUUCAUAAUGGCAGUCAUGUUCAGUAUGAAAAGGUGGGUAAUGGGGGGGGAGGGGGGGUUGUGGGGGUGAAAUGGGCUUUUUAGAAGGGGUUUGACCUUGUUUUAGGUCUUUUUUACCUUAUUUUAGAUCAUUUUUGACAUUGUUUUAGGUCCUUUUGCCUUGUUUCGCUUUUUCGAGAAAUCUAAUCGUUUUUUCACGUUUCAGCUAGCCCUAGGCCACUGCAAGAAGCUCCUGGGUACCCUAACUGGCGAUGGUUGCUUUGUCCUGUACGAUAAGCUUCUGAUGUCCGUUGUCUUAAUGGUUGGCACGUUCUUCCUAGCCAUAACUCUCAAGAAGUCCAGGAACAGCUGCUACUUCCCAUCGUUCGUACGCCAGGUAUUCAGCGACUUUGCCGUAAUGAUUGCCAUUGUCGCUAUGACCUUGGUCGACAUCGCCAUGGGCAUCAACACUCCUAAACUCAACGUACCAUCUAGCUUCAGACCGACCUUCCACGGCCGUACUUGGUUCAUUUUCCCGUUUGAAGGUAACCCACUCUGGACAGCGCCAUUGGCCAUAGUACCAGCCUUACUAGCCUGCAUAUUGAUCUUCAUGGAUCAGCAAAUCACCACGGUAAUCGUGAAUCGAAAGGAGAACAAGCUGAAGAAGGGCUGUGGCUACCAUCUGGAUCUGUUUGUCUUGGCCAUAUUGAUCUUCUUGGUUGGCAUGUUUGGCCUACCAGUAUAUGUAGCAGCCACAGUACUCAGUAUCAAUCAUGUCAACUCACUAAAAAUGGAAUCAGAAUCCAGAGCUCCAGGCGAAGUAGCACAGUUUGUGGGGGUCAGAGAGCAAAGAGUCACAGGCAUAGCAACCUUUCUACUGAUAGGACUAUCAGUACUACUAACCGGCGUACUCAGCCACAUACCCAUGCCCGUACUCUACGGUGUAUUCUUGUACAUGGGUAUUGCUGCGUUGGGUGGUAUUCAGCUGUUUGAUAGGAUUUUGCUACUGUUCAUGCCAAUGAAAUACCAGCCGGAUACGAUCUAUAUUAGACAUGUGCCUAUCAAGACUAUUCAUGCCUUCACUCUAUGUCAAUUUGGAUGUCUGGCUGUGUUGUGGAUCGUCAAGUCGAUCAAGAAGACCUCUAUCAGUUUUCCUAUUAUGGUAAGAGGUUUAGUUUUUUGGGUUGAGGCAUGGAAAUUUGAAUUUUUUGCGAAAAUUGGAUAUUGUAGUAGGUUUGGAGAUGGAAAAAGUGGGUUUUAUGAGGAAGAAAGGGGUUUAAGUGCUAUUUUAGGUGUUCAAUUAAACAAAAGAAUGAUUUUUAGUUGAAGAGAAUAAAAAGAAGCGUAUUUUACUAUAAAACAAGAAAAAGUGACAAGUUAUACGAUGAAACAUGUUUUUUGAAAUUUUCAAAUUUUUUAAAAAUUAAAAAAAAAUUACUGAUUUAGGUGUAGAAAAUAGUUUUAAAUGUAGUUAUAAAUGACGUAUUUUACAAAGAAAAAAAUUUUUUUUUAAAAAUUUGGAAAAUUUCAAAAAAAAUUUUUUUUUAAUUUUAAAAAAUCAAUGUUUUCCAAUUUUUAAACCUAAAAUUAAUAUCCAAACAUUGCAGUUAGUCGUAAUGAUUGCCAUCCGCAAACUGAUGGAGAAGUUCUUCUCGGAGAAGGACCUCAAGUACCUCGACGACAAGAUGCCGGACUUCCAUCUGCGCAAGAAGGAGGACAUGAAGCGUCGCAACUCGAAGCCAGAAGAGAUCGAAAUCGAUUUGGACGAGAAUCAGGGCACCAUUCAUGCCGUCAAAACCGAAGCUCAUUUGCAUAUUCCCAUGACAUCGGGAAAUGUCAUCAAAAUUCCAUUGGCCGCGAUUCAAGACCAACCAUCGCACAAUAUUAACAUUAGUAAAGAGGUCAAUUCGAGCGGAUUGUGGCGGUCGAUUACGAAUGAUUCGAAGGACAAUCUGAGGACUGGUCACAAGGAUAAUAAUCAGUAAGUUUGGACAUGGGUUUUUGGGGCUUUGUUAGGAAAAUGGCACUUUUGACGAAAUGGCACAAAAGUUAUUGAUUUUUUAAACCUUGUAUUUUUUGAAGUUUCUGGUAAUUUUUGAGUAUCAAAUGGUUUUUUUGGUUUAGGAAACAAUUUUUUGAAAUGUGACGAAGUGUCACAAUAAGUAUUGAUUUUUUAAAAAUUCGAUUUUUGGUGUUUUUAUCUUUUUAUAUUUACUCAAAAUGAUUUGUGUAAGCUUAAAAUUAAUUUUUUUUAUGUUUGACGAAGUGUCUACUUUUUUAUUGACUUUUUGUGACAUUUCGUUAAAUUUUAAAAUAAUGUUUUAUAUUGACCACAAGUUUAAUAAAUGUCAUUUUCAUGAAAUUUUAUAAUAUUAUAAGAAAAAUAAACCUAUUUUCAUUUUAGUUCACCUCGUCUGGCCACUCCAGAUGAAGAUGACGAAGCCAUAACCAUCAAUGUCCUGAAGCCAUCGCCAGACGAAGGUCGUGCUGGCUUGAACGAGAACGAGCCUUUGCUGCAUAAACGCAAAAAGGACGAUGAAAAUGCCAGUCCUUAA